AGAUAACGGGGUUAGAGAGCGUGCUCUCCCGGACUCUUUCUUUCCAUCUUUUGCUCCUUAGAUUUUUACAAGUUAUUUGCAAUGGAGUCAAACAUGGGUCAGGCAAACAAAUGUGUUCUUUCCAGUCACCGUAACCGGAUCGCUGCAGCGAAAGAGAACUCGCAGAAGCGUCCAGAGACCGCAGCCAGACCGUCAGUCUGUGGCAAAAGCAACUUCUAAGUGAGGCAGCACAAGCUGCCAGGAUGCAGAUUUCAGUUCACGGCUAAGCACAGCGACUGCACUGCAUUCUCGGCACCCCUCCGACUCUCCAAAAGCAAGGAAGGACAGGGGGAGGGAGGACCAGUCGAAAGCCAUCCGCAUUUCUGCACGUCGGCGCCACUUGGAAAGCCCUGCAGCUUUAGGACACCCAGAAAGAGAGAUGCAAGGGCGGGGAGCCAGGGUUCCUGGGCGAGGGCGGGGAGUGGGGACCUCACCCAUCCCGCCCCCCUCCAUCCACCCCACUGGCCCCCCGACAGCUGUGCAACUCUUGUAAUUCAUUGGCUUCACCCACCCCGCCUUCCAAAUACCACCCCAAUCCAGUUUAGCCCCCUGCCCCACCUUCGCUGACCUAAUAAGGCCAUGCAGUGUGCUGGGGACCUAUAUAAAAGGCGAGGACUUGCAAGGGCUCUGCACGACGCGCCCGGAGAGAGAAGACAGAAUCCAUCCAGCUCCCACAAAGACGACCAUGGCCAAGGAGUGGGGCUACGCCAGCCACAACGGUCCUGAUCACUGGCACGAACUUUACCCAAUUGCCAAGGGUGACAACCAGUCGCCCAUUGAGCUGCAUACUAAAGACAUCAAGCAUGACCCUUCUCUGCUGCCUUGGUCAGCAUCUUAUGAUCCUGGCUCUGCCAAAACCAUCCUGAACAAUGGGAAGACCUGCAGAGUUGUGUUUGAUGACACUUAUGAUAGGUCAAUGCUGAGAGGCGGUCCUCUUCCUGGGCCCUACCGACUUCGCCAGUUUCACCUUCACUGGGGCUCCUCCGAUGACCACGGCUCUGAGCACACGGUGGAUGGUGUCAAGUAUGCAGCAGAGCUUCACUUGGUUCACUGGAAUCCAAAGUAUAACACUUUUGGAGAAGCUCUGAAGCAGCCUGAUGGAAUUGCUGUGGUUGGCAUUUUUCUGAAGAUAGGACGGGAGAAAGGCGAAUUCCAGCUUGUACUUGAUGCACUGGACAAAAUUAAGACAAAGGGGAAGGAGGCGCCCUUCACGCACUUUGACCCGUCCUGCCUGUUCCCUGCCUGCCGAGACUACUGGACCUACCGUGGCUCCUUCACCACGCCUCCCUGUGAGGAGUGCAUCGUGUGGCUGCUCCUGAAGGAGCCCAUCACCGUGAGCUCCGACCAGAUGGCCAAACUGCGCAGCCUCUUUGCCAGCGCAGAGAACGAGCCCCCAGUGCCCCUUGUGGGGAACUGGCGCCCUCCGCAGCCUAUCAAGAACAGGGUGGUGAGAGCCUCCUUCAAGUGAGCUGCUGUGUCUUGCCCUCUUCAGGAAAGGAAACCUGCCUUUGGAGAGCUUGGUUCCUUGCCUCCUUCUGGUGCUCCUUACCGCAAGUGUAUUUCCUGUCCUCACACCUGAGCAAGGAUUGUGACAAAUGCAGUCACUAAGAAACCAAAGUCACUUUUGACAAGAUCUAAAACAAAAGCAUGAAUUUCACACUUGACCUUUGUUAUCAUCAUCUUUUUUUUUUUCUAUCACAGUAGUAUUUCUGGUAAGAUUUCCAAGAAGAAGAAACAAAAAUAGAUGAAUAAAGACAGAAAAAUGGUGCUCAAGCAGUAUUUUUCUGUCAUCUUAAAUUUCACAGAACCUCAGAUUUCCUAUUUUUGUAUUAUGAGUUGUCCAUCUUACAGAAGUAAUGAGUAAUUCUAUAUGUAGGAAGAGAGGUAGAUGAAGAUUAUCUAACCAACAUAAGCCAGAAUGUUUGUUACACCAAAAAUUGAAUUGCCAAUGUGUUUUACCUCUUAAAUAACACCAAAGAGAAGACCAUCACUUUUUGAAUUUUAGCUACUAUCUAGAUAUCUGGUUUUGAUAGUCCAUUAAAGGAAAUCACAUUAGGAGUUUUAGAAGUUUUGAUGCGGUAUCUGAAUUUGCGGUAUCUGAAUUUCUUCUUCAUAAAUAUGGUUUUCUUUAUCUGAAGCAGGGCCAUUCAUUUUUUAUUUCGUUACUUUUAUCUUUGCAUGCCUAUUAAAGCAAAAACUAUCUCUAAUGUCUAGCAUAUUCGAGGCUGGAAUUAAUGAUUCCUAGAACGCAAAGGAGUAAAUGACAGCACUUGAAGCAAAAGCAGUUGUACUGAUCACCAAAACCAAUAAAGACAUGGACACAAAAGUUGGCUGCUGUGUGUUUUAAAGAAAAUGCAUUAUAAGUGACAAAAAUGGAGAAUGGCAAACUUUGUGGGUUUGUUUCUGUAACUGAAGUGUAGCAAUAAAGGACUCAAGUUCUGGG